CAAUAGCAGCGACCGCGGCGGUGCCGGAGGGAGCCUCUCUGCGCUCGGCUCCGCGGCGGCCGUGACCUUCGCGGAGCUGAUCGCCAGGCCGGGGCAGAGCCUCUUCUCCCCGCGGAGAGUGUGCGCCAGGCCCCGGGGAGAGGGCAGGAGGCUGGGCCGGAGUCCCCCGUCGCCCCCGGGUCCUCCUGGCCGCUGGCGGGGCCUGUGCGCCGCGCGGUUCGCCGCCCGGGAGAGGGGCGGGGGAAGGCGAGCGGGACGGACGGACGCGGCCGGGCUGCACCUCGGGACAGCGCGGGGCGGACAGGCCCCGAUGAGAGCUGAGCUGGGCGGCGGAGGAGGCGGCCACCUCGGCAGCUCAUCCCGGGAAGAGUCAGGACCUCCCCACCGCCCUCCUCCUCCCACCGUUAGUGGCUCCUCGUCGCUGCGAGAGUAGAGCUGUCGCUGCCGCCCCGGCCGGGACCCGCUGGCUGACACCUCCGGAACGCCGGGCUGCGGGGACGGAGCUGGACCUGUCCGCCUGGAGCGGGGGAGGGGGAAGGACCGCUUGCCUGCGGGGAGCGGCGGGUGCUGAGCGCCCGUCCCGGUGGCCCGGGAGCCACCCGGGGAAGGUAAUAUCACUGCUGGAAAUGCUGGAAAGAGCAGAAAGCACCAGGCUAAACGAAGUGCUGUGUUAAAAUCAGACCUGGCAAUUGCCAACAGGUGUCCUGUGACGGCCCUUGAUCAGAAAGGCUGCAAGUCAUGUUAGAGCCGUGGUGACUGCAGUCUCUGAUGGAUAACUGGAUUGGGAGUAAUAUGUGGGAGGCUGUGGACUAUUUGCUUCCGACAUAGGAACAACAUUGGGUUGGGACUCUGCACUCCUGAGAGAAUGCUGGGAAUCUGCAGAGGGCGACGGAAAUUCCUGGCUGCCUCUCUUACCAUCCUUUUUGUCCCAGCCGUUACGUGGAUUUAUCUGUUUGCUGGGAGUUUUGAAGAUGGGAAGCCGGUGUCGCUGUCCCCACUGGAGUCGCAGCCCCACAGCCCUCGGUACACGGCGUCCAGCCAGCGGGAGCGCGAGAGCCUGGAGGUGCGCGUGCGGGAGGUGGAGGAGGAGAACCGCGUGCUGCGCAAGCAGCUCAGCCUGGUGCAGAGCCGGGGCCCUGCGCACCACCGCGGCAACCACUCCAAAACGUACUCCAUGGAAGAGGGCACGGGCGACAGCGAGAGCCUGCGGGCUGGCAUCGUGGCAGGAAACAGCUCCGAGUGCGGCCAGCAGCCGGUGGUGGAAAAGUGUGAGACUAUCCACGUUGCCAUCGUCUGUGCAGGGUACAAUGCCAGUCGGGAUGUUGUUACACUCGUCAAGUCUGUCUUAUUUCACAGGCGAAACCCACUCCACUUUCACCUCAUCGCAGAUGCAAUUGCCAAACAGAUCCUGGCAACUCUGUUCCAGACAUGGAUGGUCCCUGCUGUGCGCAUAGACUUCUAUGAUGCAGAUGAGCUCAAGUCUGAAGUGUCUUGGAUCCCCAACAAGCACUACUCUGGGAUUUACGGGCUGAUGAAGUUGGUUCUGACUAAGACUCUACCUUCCAAUCUUGAGCGAGUCAUUGUCCUCGACACAGACAUUACAUUUGCCACUGACAUUGCUGAGCUAUGGGCCGUCUUUCACAAGUUCAAAGGGCAGCAAGUUCUUGGCUUAGUGGAGAACCAGAGUGAUUGGUAUUUGGGCAAUCUUUGGAAGAACCAUCGACCCUGGCCAGCUCUUGGGAGGGGCUACAACACAGGGGUGAUCUUGCUGCUUCUCGAUAAGUUGCGGAAGAUGAAGUGGGAGCAGAUGUGGAGACUCACAGCGGAGCGGGAGCUAAUGAGCAUGCUGUCCACUUCACUGGCUGACCAGGAUAUCUUCAAUGCAGUCAUCAAACAAAAUCCCUUCCUUGUCUACCAGCUCCCAUGUUUCUGGAAUGUACAGCUUUCUGAUCACACCCGUUCUGAGCAGUGCUACAGAGAUGUGUCUGACCUGAAGGUGAUUCACUGGAACUCACCAAAGAAGCUGCGAGUGAAAAACAAGCAUGUGGAGUUUUUCCGCAACCUCUACCUGACAUUCCUGGAAUAUGAUGGGAAUUUGCUGAGACGGGAACUCUUUGGCUGUCCCAGUGAAGCAGAUGUUAACAGUGAAAAUCUCCAGAAGCAACUGUCAGAGCUGGAUGAGGAUGACUUGUGCUAUGAAUUCCGUCGGGAGCGCUUCACCGUCCAUCGCACUCAUCUGUAUUUUCUUCAUUACGAGUACGAGCCUGCUUCAGACAACACCGAUGUGACCCUGGUGGCACAACUGUCAAUGGACAGGCUCCAGAUGCUUGAAGCCAUCUGCAAGCACUGGGAAGGUCCCAUCAGCCUGGCACUCUACCUUUCUGAUGCAGAAGCCCAGCAAUUUCUGCGCUACGCUCAGGGCUCAGAAGUCCUGAUGAGCCGCCACAACGUUGGUUACCACAUUGUGUACAAGGAGGGGCAGUUCUACCCUGUGAACCUGCUCAGGAAUGUGGCCAUGAAGCACAUCAGCACGCCAUACAUGUUUCUGUCCGACAUCGACUUCCUGCCCAUGUAUGGACUCUACGAGUACCUCAGGAAGUCUGUCAUCCAGCUGGACCUAGCUAACACCAAGAAAGCUCUGAUUGUACCCGCCUUUGAGACCCUACGCUACCGCCUCUCCUUCCCCAAGUCAAAAGCAGAGCUGUUAUCUAUGUUAGACAUGGGAACCCUCUUUACAUUCAGGUACCACGUCUGGACGAAAGGGCACGCGCCAACAAAUUUUGCCAAGUGGCGAACAGCCACCACUCCCUACCGUGUGGAGUGGGAAGCAGACUUUGAGCCGUACGUCGUCGUGAGGAAGGACUGCCCGGAGUAUGACAGGCGCUUUGUGGGAUUUGGCUGGAACAAAGUAGCUCACAUCAUGGAACUGGAUGCACAGGAGUAUGAGUUCACGGUGCUGCCCAAUGCCUACAUGAUCCACAUGCCGCACGCGCCCAGCUUCGACAUCACCAAGUUCCGCUCCAACAAGCAAUACCGUAUCUGUCUCAAGACGCUCAAGGAGGAGUUCCAGCAGGACAUGUCACGCCACUACGGCUUCGCAGCCCUCAAAUAUCUCACGGCAGAGAACAACAGUUAGCACUGUGGAGCCCAUGUGUGGCCAACAGGGACACCGAGGCAAGAGCUGCUCAGCAUUUGGGGCCUGGUCUUCAAACUGAGAAAUACUUUCUGGUUUUUUAUCAUACUUGGCAGUUCUAACAGUAGAAAUUCGAAGUGACGUGUCUUUGGACUGUGCUCAUUCAUCCCUUCCCCAACUACCCCAGGCCUGUUGGCUUUACACAACACUUUUGUGAGGUGUCUUCGAGUGGGGCCAGCCAGGUGCCCUCCGAGCCGCUGAAGGUGGGGACUGGGCAGGGGCUGGGAUUGCACUCCGCUCUCUUGACUGCAGAGCACAGACAGACCUUCAGAAUAUAGGAUUUCAUGUUGUUAUUUAAUAAUUUGACAUACUUUUUAUCUGUAAAGGAAGAUCUUCGGGUCUCUGUCCUGUGAAUUUCAAAUCUGCACUACUCUAAAAGGGAACUUUUGCCUGUGAACUUUAGCAGGGACCCUGUUAACAUGAAUGACCUUGUUAAUGCAGGAUGAGCCAAAGGUCUGAAUUAGCCUUGAAAACACAGGGGACACAUAUACAGUACUGCACUCCUGAGAAGGUGUGUUACUAGUUCAGUUGUAUACAUGAUAUUGGUUGGUCUUUUUUUAUCAAAUUAAUUGUUUUAUCAGGAAAAUACCCUAUAUCCCACCUUGCCUUUGCCCCAGUCCUAAAUGCUGCUCCUUACCCUGCCAAGGAAAUAUCUCCCUUAUGUUUCUUUGCCAUCUUCAGUUUUGGUGGUCCAGAAAAGAAGAUCAGUAGCUCUGCCAGAAAGUGAACAAAACAUGUCAGUUUAAGGUCCAUUUUCAUCAGAGCAACUUGUUGACGUGUGUCUCAUAAGAUAAAGGGCCCGGCUCUAACCCUUUAUCUUUUUUAGGGAAGAAUUGGAUUUUAUCCAUAAGGCACAUUGUACCAGGGGAAUACUGAUUUGUAGGCUCAUUUCAGUGCUGUCCAUCCAUGAAGGCACUGGGCCUUAGGCUUUAAGUGGACUUCUUUGCUGAACAGUGAAUAUAAACUAGUAAAAAGGCAACUAGUAGCCUUGGUGCUCUCCUGCUGCCUGCUGCAAGGUCUCAGAACUACUUCGUUAAAGGAGUUUAUAAUUAAAAGGAGCAAACUGUUAGGAUUAAACUCCCCAUUGGACGGGGAGAAAAGAAUGUGUUGGGAAUCUGAGUGUUUGCUUGGACUGGUCAAGUUCACAACAUGGGUACACACAGGAGUUUGCUGGAGGGCGAACAGGAACCUAGCAAGCAAAAUGCAGAAAACAAGACACUGGACUUUUUGCCAUUUUCUUUAUCUUCAGUAUUAAUGUUGUGUUUACAUGGGAGGAAGAGAUGAGGUGCACUACCCCUUGCCGGGCUAUUUGUAAUUUCUGUUGCAAUGUUAAUAGAGAAAGCAGAAACAACUCAGUGAGAAAUGUGUCUGUCUCCCUACCCCAAACAACCACAUGUACCUAUACCACUGCCUGAGCUGGGAAAUGGAUCCACAUUGCGUUCUGCUCAUGUUUUUCGAUUUUGUUUUUCAGCCACUGGACCUUCUACUUUCCUCUCCACCUCAUCCCUCUAGAGCUUGGUUUUAUUUCUAACCUGACAUUUUGUGAGAGAUUUCUGUUAUGGUGGAAACCACGCAGUUAAACCAGACAUUUAAACUACAAAUAUCAGUUCAUCAUUCUGUGUAUAUAUAAGAAAAGCCAAAAAAAGGCAAUAUCUUUGACAAGAAAUAAAAAGAGGCAGGAGGCUGUGUGUAGUUUUCACUUUGUCCCCUGGGAGUGUUGGCUGCAUAAGAAUAUAUCACUGCGUGAUUUUCCAAGGAGCUUUUUUCUGUUCUUAGUGGCUUUAUGUAAAGAUUUACAUAAAAAGCUGGUGAGAGCUGGGAAGAAGUGAAAUUAGCGCUCAGUUCUGGCUAAGAUAUAUUCUUUUAAAAACAUCAGAGUCUUAAGAGGUCAGUGUGCUGAUUGAGAAUGAGAAGAACGUUAUCAUGUCUCUGCAACACAGAGACGUGGAUUAACCAGGGUGGAGAAAGAUCCCAAAAGCUGACCUAAGAGGGGCUAACACUUGUACCUACAUGAAAUCUACAGUCAGAGCUUCAGUGUGGCCACCAUUAUGUUCCAUAUGUAUUAAAAAUUUUCAUUUCCAGAUGCACAUUUCUCCUUGGCUUAACAACAUUGCCCGAGGAUGGACUGGAUUGCCCUAAAGCAGCAUAACCUGUACAUUAUUUGGCUGUACCAUUAUCAACAUUCUUCUCAUUAUUCUCAGCGGUAAAGGAUAAGGGAGCAGGGAGGUGAUGUUUUGCUACUUGCCUGACUGUACAGUGAGUCUUGGGAACUCCUGGGUAGGCUUAGGUGUGCUGGCUGGUGUAACCAGCUCAGACAUUGGCAGUAGGUACAAAGAGGCCCUUUUUUUAUCCUUAUAGGCACUGUACUGACUUAUAUCUGUCAUGUCAUGUUUGUCUCUAUGCUUCAUAAUUUGGGAGGUGUGGGUCUUGGGGGUUUUUAGCACAUUUCAAACAGUUUACCUGAUGCAAGAUAGGACUGCAUAUCUGUCUGUACUUGUCAGGCCUCCUCCAACACCGUGAAAAAAUCGACCACCACCAACAAAAAAUAUUCCCAACUCAGUUAUAACACUGUCUGUCUUCCAGUCGUCUUCUGCAGUAAGUAUUUUCUAGUAACUUUGUUACUUAAUUCUCAGUUUUCUCCUGAAAUCUUCCAGAAAUAGCAGAUAAACCUGGUGACUUAAUGCCUUUGAUUUAUUGAUUCGUUCCACCAACUUCUCUCUUGAGUCUUCAAUCUAUGACCUCUCCUUAUCUUUGAUAUUUGGAAAAUGUGAGUCUCUCAUUUAGAUACCACUCCAGCACCCUCUCAGUGAAGCUGAUGCAAAUAAAUCAUUUAGACUCUUGGCAAUGUCCUUAUUGUCUUUGUUUCUUCUACUUGUUUGGGGUGGCCUGCCCAUUAUCUCCACUUUCUGCUUUUGGUGUACUGAGCAAAUGUUCAUUUUCAGUUUUAACUUCCUGUUGUUUGCUCUUUAGAUUCCCUCUUAGCUUCCUCCAACUCCAUCUUAACUGUUACAUACCUUCCUCUCAGCUUUACAGAGUUUUAUUUCUAUUCUCUGAAGGCUUCCUAUUUGGCCUUUCUAAAAUUUCUCAUUUAGUCAUAUCCUAACAUUUCCUUGUCUUUGUCUUCCAUUCAUCCAAGGGGUACCAUACUCCAUGGCUGCUAUCAGCCCUUUCUGUUUUAAUCUGAGGAUUUCAAUUUUUCUAGUCCUUUUAUUUAGAGCCAUUGAUUCUUUAAAAAGAUACAGAGGGGGGUUUUUUUAAGUUUACCUUGAGUGUCACCCUACUAGGUUUUGAGGGUAUUUUCUUCUUUAGCCUUCCUAAAUGCUCACCUUUUCCUAAUUAGGGGAUCAGAAAUAAAGUAUUAGAGAAAUUGGGCUCUUAUCUUGACACAUUUUGUUCUGUCUCCCUUUUCCCUCUCCACUACAAAACAUUGACUUUUAGGAGCCAUUGCAAACUUUUCAAGUCCCAAAGCCAGAACUGUGUAUUUUCCAGGACUUUUUAACAUUCCACCACUUUCAGACAUAAUUAUUAUUUCAAAUAAUAACCUGGUGCCUGGCACCUAGUCCUCCUACUUUCGUUUUCAUGCUUCUCCCUGUGAUGUAACAAGCUCUGCAAGUUUGGGUUUGGCUGAAACACUUAUUUGAUACCUUAUCAUAACCUUCUGAUCUGUUUCCAUGAUUUUUCUCUGCUGUCACAGUAGAUGUAUCUAUAUAGAGAUGUACACACACACACAUACAUAUACACACACCUUCAAAAGUUUGGCUUUAGUUUCCUGUCCUUUUCUAGCUAAGGGUCAUCUACCGUUUGCCUAUCUUGCAGACAUAGAAAAUGUCUCUGUUUAUCCAGAAUAGUUCUUACAAUUUACCAGAUUUUUUUCCCAAGUCCUAGUUGCAGUAAUUCCUUCCAGCCUUGCUAGUGGUCUAUGUAAACAAUCCGGUCCCAUUUCAUAAUUUGCUAUUAUUUUUCUAUUUGUAAUCGUAGGGUGCCAUGGCAUGAAGGAAUUAGGAGCCGUACUUGCAGUUCCAUCACCUUACUUGGACUGAAUAUGACAUAUGCUCCCAUUACUCCUGAAGUACUGAUUUUUUUUCCUGAUUGGCUUCACGUGGUUUGUUGGUAAAUCAUAAGCUGCACUUCCCUUUUACUGGAACAAGCAGAGGCACUUUGUAGUGUUAUUUGCAGUAGCUGUUGCAGCAGAGUAAGCCCUGUGUUAGAGGGAAAAGCGCAAAACGCUGUUCAGAAUCAUAGUUGCUGUUUCUCUCCACAGGGGAAAAUAAGGCCCUAGCACAGCUGAACAGUUUUAUAAAUGCCCUGCACAAAGCACAUUGCACAUUAUUUUCUGGUAGGUAUAAUCAUACAUCGUCCAAUUAAAUAUGAAAAAUACAUUUUUAAUGUUCUCAUUUUUAUGUGCAGUUCUACCCAGAAGAUAAUGCAUUUCCUUCUCUGUCUUGCCAGUUUCCCCCAUUACUCCAGCCUGCCUAAUAGCCCCAUCUGUUUUCAGCUGAGAAAGAUUAAUGGCCAGAAGCACUGGGAGUCCUGAAAAAUCAGCAGAGAUAUUACUCUUAGGCAUUGCUCAGGACAUUCCUUCCUGCUCUGCCAGAUACUGUAUGGGUGUUCCUCAGGUUUCAGGGCAGCAGCAGCAGCAGAACACAGCAAGCUCAGCAAGUGGGGUGAGUGUCAUUAUUUAUGAACUUCAACCAGGUCUAACACAUUCAGUGGUGGGAGUGCUAGAAAGAGAAUGUAUCAUUGUUAGCUCAAAACAUAUUUCAAUAUUAGGGGGAAAAAAGCAGCUGAGUUUCUGCAACUCUGCUAGGUGAGUCUGGAACAAAUAAGUCACUAGCAGACAAUACCAGCCAAUAAUCAGGUAUUUCUAUUGCAGCAUUGAAAAUGCAGAAGCAUUGGUAGCUCAAUGAAGUAAUUUUUUACAGUAGUAAUUAAUAAUGUAUAUUUAGAUGCUGUGUUUACAUCCAAACAUUUAGGUGUAUUGGGGAUUAUUUGAAGAUUGUUACUUUGUUUCACAAUAUAAAACUGCUUGGAAAAACUGCUGGCUGUGCACAGCAAAUUAUGGCUCAGGAAAUGCUUACAAACCUGGAUUUAGAAAAAUCUUGCUUUUAUAUGAGUUUGGUUUUACGAGUAGUUUUACAUUCCCAAAACAGAUCACAAAGUCCUUGAGAAUUUCCAAAGGAGUUGUAUGUGCGUCGGUUGGCUGGAACAUUUUCCUCUUACCUUUACUUGGGGUUUGGGAUUUGUUCACAGAGUAGAAUUAUGAUGCUGAGUUGAAAAAAAUAAUCUGGGAAUUAGAAAACAAACUUAAGUAUUUUUUUAUGUGGUCAUUCAUAUGAACAUAUUUGCUCAGACAUGUUAGUGGAUACUCCAGUGGAAGGGUUAGGUCACUGAAAGUGUCAGGAUGCAAACAAUCUGAAGCUCGGGCUGAGUUUAGUAUCUGAUCAUUCAUUCUGUGUAGUUUCUCCUCAUAUGGUAAGAGAAGCUUCCUCGCUCCCAGCAAAUUACUGUUUCUGUAGGGCUAAAAUGUCUUAAGCCUCUGCAACAUGAAGUUGCAGAAGUCACUGUGCAGGUAGCAAAGGCUGCAUUUGAGAGCUCCAUGGUCCAUUGCCACAAGUUGCAAGAUUUCAUUCAAAAAAAAUGCUUCUGACCUGAGAGUAAUUCUCUGACCAGGGAUUUAGACGCCAUACCCUCACCAGAUAUGUUGAAGAAGAGGUCCCUAAACACAUUAGGUCUGGUAAUUACAGCCAAGCUUAGCCUAUUUCUGAAUAUAAUAGCAACAUAAUUGUGAAUCAUUGGAAGUGUGAAUUUUCAGCAUUAACCAUUAUAUCACAAGGCUUGUGAUAAGGCUGCAGAUUCAGUCACAUGGAGGUUAGAGGAUCUGAAAUUACAGUUUGCUGGUGGAGUUGGUGAUCUGCUCAUAAAACUUCUUUCUGUCCCUUCACACAGAUAUAGUAGGAUGUAGUCUGUGCACAAUCCUUUGUUCAGGUUUUUUUGAGGGAGUUCUCUUUCUUUGCACAGAGUACAUGAUAUUUGGGUGAAUGAAACAGCUAGGUGUAUGAUACUUCUUUUUACUUUUUCUUUCAUUGAGGUUUUUAUAAUAUGAUAGCAGUCUUAAUUUUGAGCAAAGACAGACUUUUUUUCUCCCAAAGGAUAAGUAUGAACUGUGAUUUAGGAAAAUCAAUUAUCCCCCAUGCUCACAACGCUUUCAGAGCAGAACACCUGCAGUUCUGUUCUGCAGGCUUUUCUCAUGUGGAGGGCAUCUUAUGAAGCUGAUGAAAAUCACACAUUCAGAGGCCUUGUAGCACUCACCCCCAGCCUACAAACGCUAACUGCUGAACUUGCAAGAGUGAUGAAUCCCAGCUCUGUCCAAGCACUGUCUGCUCCAUCACUGAGACCACUCCAAAGACUGUCAACAGUCUGUCAGGUGAGCAAAGAAAAAUGAAGUAAAUAAUUGCAGGUGAGGUUGAUUUAUGUAGCUAGAUUUCCAGAGGAAUAAGGAAGACAUAAGCAUUUUGAAGUCCCUCAGAAGAUCUGUUCAACCCCAUUCUGGAUUUGUGGCAUUCCUUAAUGAAUGCUGACCUAUGUGGCCCACCUGCAGUAAAUUCUAUGGAUUGUAAAAUUCUUCAAAGCCCUGAGAUUAAACUCUUCUCAGCCCAAAGAUACUUAAUUUUCUUCAAUUCUUUGGAUUCUCACACUGAUCUUUUGCUGCUCUUAAGAAAAAGGAAAAUAAGAAAAAAUAUAUUAGCAGCUUGAUAACUGUAGGAGUCUUGACUAUCCAGCCUUUCUUAAAUUGUCAGCUCUGAGGUCAAUGUUUGGGGCAAAGCUAGGGUUAGUGAGGUUCGUAGAAUUUCUUCUGUUCUGCCUGUGGAACUCUUGUUCCAGCAGUGCUCUCCAGUGGUGCUGUAAGGGAAGGAAGAGCUGUCCAAUGCAGAUUGAUCAGCGAACUCUUCAUCCAGUCAGAUCUAACCAUAGCAGCAGGAAAGAAGGAGCACCAACACUUGUGACUGGUUUUAGAUGGCAAUAGUGAAUUCAGCAUGAAAUCUGUUAUUCUGAUGAUAGACUUUGCUGAACUUUUCUGCAUUUUAAACUGUACAUUUCCUGUGAGUGACAGAGGCCCCUUGGGGUGAGGAGGAGAUGGGAGUCAGCGGUUUGCUGGUCCAGAAUGAGAACGAGAGAUGUGUGUAUUUUCCCUUGACACCUUGCCUUUACUAAUUAUAUUAGCACCAAUUAAUCCAGCUGACCUGAGGCUUAGUGUUCAGGCCAGGCAGUAAGCUUCUGCUGUAUUGAUAAGAGAAUAGACCGAUAAGCGUAAUUAUAUUUUCUGUCCAUAACAUCAAUGAAUAUUUCCAUACAGGUUCAAAUGGCUCACAGAGAGUUUGUAUCUUUAUUUUUCACUGUUAAGGCUUAUUCAAAGAACAGAAAAGGCAAUUAAAAAAAAAAAAAAAACAACCAACCAAACAAAAAAACCCCUAUUGAGUACUGUAAGGACUUACAAGGAUUAACAUUCACAGAGAGUCAUCAAUAUAAAAUAUCCACCAAGUUAACCUGCCAGCUUUUGUCAUACAUGCAAAGAAUACAGGCAAUAUCAUCUUUCUGUUUACACUUCAUAGAGUGAAGCAAAGGCAUGUACUACAAACAACUCUCUGAAUCAGAUCACCCAAGACACAAAUACUUUCUAAAUUUUAUUGCUUUCAUUUCCAUUUUCAUAAGUGAAAUUAAAAGUUUGAAAAAUACUUUUUUUAUUCAUGUUGCUCAAUUUAGAUAUUUAUAUUCACAGCUGAACAUGAGUCAGCAGCGCCCUGGCAGCCAGGAGGGCCACUCAUGUCCUGGGGUGCCUCAGGCACAGCAUGGCCAGCCAGGUAAGGGAGGGGAUUGUCCCAGUCUGCUCGGCACUGGGGCAGCCUCACCUCCAGUGCUGGGGGUAGUUUUGGGUGCCACAACAUAAUGGAGAUCUAAAGCUCUUAGAGACCAUGCAGAAAGAUGCUGAAGGAUUUAGAAGGGAUGCCGUAGGAGGCGUGUCUGAGAUCAUUAGGCAUUUUCAGCCUGGAGAGGAAGGAACUUGAGGGGAGACCUCACUGCAGUCUGCAACUUCCUCAUGAGGGGAGGAGGAGGGACAGGCACUGAUCUCUCUGUGACAAGUGAUAGAACCUGAGGGACUGGCCUGAAGUUGUGUCAGGGGAGGUUUAGGUUGGAUAUCAGGAAAAGUUCUUCACCCAGAGGAUGAUUGGGCACUGGAACAGGCUCUCCGAGGAAGUGGUCACAGCACUGAGCCUGACAAAGUUCAAAAAGCAUUUGGACAGUAUUCUCAGGCACACAGUGUGACUGUUGGGGAUGGUGUUUUCCUGUCAGGAGUUGGACUCUGUGAUCCUUGUGGGUCCUUUCCGACUCAGGACACUCUGUGAUUCUAUUCUAUUUAUUUUAACAUGUUGCAACUUUCUUCUGCCACUAAGCCAUGUCCCUAAGUGCCACAUCUACUCAUCUUUUAAAUACCUCCAGGGAUGGUGACUCUUCCCUGGGCAGCCUUUUUUGGUGAUUGACAUCCCUUUCAGUCCCCUUCAUUUCUUCUGAGAGUCAGUGGAGUGAGCAGGACUUCAGAAGAGGGCAUUUCAGUUCACUUCAGCACUACCUCACCCCUUGCUCUGUGAGUAGCAGAAAAGGUUACACUGCUGGUAGUGAGCAUCAGUUUGAGAGCUGCCUCCUACUCAUUUAAGAUUGCAGGUGCCAAAAUCCCCUGGAAACUAAGCAGUAGUUGCUACAAAGCCUUGUACUCAAUAUUAGCUGACACACUUGAGAAGAAAAGGUGUGAAUGGAUCAGUCACGGGAGGGGGUUGAUCUGUGGACUCCAGAGACUGUGCUGCGUGUUGUGACAGACAGCUUGUGCUAACAGCCAGGAAAGCACUCAUUUUCAGCCCCAAAACCACGGGAUUCAUAAUGGUGGUUAAAAUAUUACCCCCAGCCUUGGUGGUUGGGUUGUGCCAGGUUUGUUGAAGUGUGUCAGCCAGCACAUUUCCAACAGUGCAGGCAAGAAACUGAGAAAGGGGUAAAAAACCCCAACAAUGGCUUUUCACAUGUGUUUCUUCUUAAGACUCGAACCUCAUCUUUUUUCUCUCAUGGCCAAGGUGAUUUUACAUUCUCCAGGGGAAAACUGGAAUGCCAUGACUUUUAGGGUGAGCUAUGCAUGAAACUAGGCUUGUCAUUUUCUUGCAAGGCUUGUGGCUCUCCAACUCAGCCCUUUGAAUUUCCCAAUAUAUUACCUGACUGGCUGUCUUUCUGCUUCAACUCUUCUCUCCCCAGCUUGGGGAAAGAUUUUUUAAGUAAUGUUUCAUGAAAGAGAAAAGAAAAAUGUGUCUUCUUUCCUUAUGCUGCUCCAUCUCCCAAGCACCUCCCCCUUCAUACUGAGGCAAUUUGCAUUUAACACAAACCAUUUAAUUUACACAUAAGCUUCAGUCCAUGUGUAAGUUUUCUAGGUGACAAUUUUAUCAGGGAAAAUGCUGUUUAGAUUGUGUGUGCAAAGUAAAUGGCUUGUAAAUAUUGGGGGGGAGGAAAAAAAAAAAG